AUGUCUAUUCCAACAUCUGCAGAUGAUAGUGCAGCAUUCAGGGCAGAUAUUCUAGCCUACAUCGGAAAAUCCGCCCGUUCCAUCGUCAGCGAUAGCCGCACUCCAACUACAAAAACGAUCAACACCUCAAUAUCAUGCCUUGAACAAGCUAUCGCUUUGAUUCCCGACACUGAUCCUGUCAAGGCAGAGCACUGGCACGAUCUAGCAAAAGCCUAUCGCGAGCGCUUCGAGAUGCUCGGACAAGAAGAGGACAUAACGAAGGCAAUUACAGCACUACGAAAAGCAUUAGAAAUUGCUCCGAGUGGCAAAAGUAAGAACAUCACCCUCUUCAAUGAUCUUACCAAUGCAUACCGCCUGCGAUUUGAGCACAACAACUGCGGCGAGGAGAUUCGAAACGGACUCUUGGCAUCCGAUGAGGCCCUGCUACUCUGCCCACCAAGCGAUGAACAACUUCUCACCGUUCUAACAAGUCGUGGAAACCUCCUCCGUGCAUUUGAACACUCUGGGAACAUGAAAGAUCUGGACACAGGAAUAUCUGUACUAGAAGACGUGGUCCAGCGUACACCACUCGACUCUGACGAUCUCCCCCAUCGUCUCCACAAUCUAAGUAAUCUAUACUCUACCCGGUUCGAGCACUUAAAUAAUCGUCAAAGUCUAAAAAACGCCAUUUCAGCUAGUGAACGUGCACUUGACAAAACCCCCUCGACAUCCUCGAUACGAUUCCUAUUCCUACAAAGCCUCAGCGCCUUCCACCUCGCUCGUUUUGAACAGGAUAGUGAUGCAGCAGAUCUUGAGAAUUCCAUCUUGCUGGCAGAUCAGGCGGUUCAACUCUCCCCACAAGGCCGUCCAGAGCAAAUGUACAGCCUAACGAGUCUCGGUUACUCCCUCCUACGUCACUUUGAGUAUUCUGGAAACCUUGUCGAUAUCGACAAUUCCAUUUCUGCACUGAAACGUGCAGAUAGCCUACUUGCUCAGGGAAGGUCCAAAGCCAUGUGCGUCAACAGUCUAGGACAAGCCAGCCUCCUCCGCUUCGCCCGCCUCAGCAAUUUUGCCGACCUUGACACCUCGAUCUCCUCUUUCCAGGCUGCCAUUUCUUUAACGCCAGACACAGAUGUUGCCAAACCCGCCUACCUAAAUAACCUCAGUGGAGCGUUCCAAACACGGUUCACUCGCCUUUGGCGAAAAGCAGACAUUGACAACAGCAUCUCCUCCCUUGACCAAGCAAUCCACCUCCUCGCAGAUGAUCACCCAUUCAAACCAGGAUUUCUGAGCAACCUCGGAGAUUCGUAUCUUAAAAGAUACAACAGGCUUAGAGGCAUUGAAGACCUCAACCUCUCUGUCGGAAUAGAACCGAGUAGUUGGUACUCGGACAUUCCGCCCUCGAAGAGUCGUCUCCCGACUCCUCGAGUACAUUCUCGUUUAUUUCCCUUAAUGGACAAUUACUUAGAAUAG